GCCUCCUCCUCCGAUUGAUAAAUAACUUCAGCCGCGGCGGCGGAGGGUGCGAAGGUCGCGUCCGGGCUGCGCAGCGGGAGAAGCCCCGGAGCGGAGAUUUGCGGACGCUCCCUGCAGCCAUGUCGCCCGGCCCCGUGUGAGCCGGGACCCUCGGCGCUAGCAGCCUCGCGGCGGGGCUGGAUGCUCCGGGGCUGAACCCCCCCGGCUUACCGCGCUCUCCAUCCCGGGCUGCGCCCCGCUGGGCUCCCGGCCAGGACAUGUCGGUCUCCCAGCUCUACACCAAGUACACAAAGGUUUGGAUUCCUGACCCUGAUGAAGUGUGGAGAUCAGCAGAAAUUAUCAAGGAUUACAAAGAAGGGGAUAAAAAGCUACAUCUGAAAUUUGAAGAUGACGCUAUCUACGAAUAUCCAGUUGAUCUCAAAACCAAUCAACUGCCUUUCUUGCGUAAUCCAGAUAUUCUGGUGGGCGAAAAUGACCUGACAGCUCUAAGUUAUCUCCAUGAGCCUGCUGUCCUACAUAAUUUAAAGGUUCGAUUCUUGGAAUCAAAUCACAUCUAUACCUACUGUGGUAUUGUUCUUGUUGCCAUUAACCCAUACGAACAACUGCCAAUCUAUGAACAAGAUGUCAUCUAUGCAUACAGUGGCCAAAACAUGGGGGACAUGGAUCCUCACAUCUAUGCAGUGGCAGAAGAAGCCUACAAGCAAAUGGCUAGGGAUGAGAAGAACCAGUCCAUUAUCGUAAGCGGAGAAUCCGGUGCCGGAAAGACAGUCUCCGCCAAAUAUGCCAUGCGCUUCUUCGCAUCCGUUGGUGGCUCUGCCAGUGAGACCAACAUUGAAGAGAAGGUCCUUGCAUCCAGUCCAAUCAUGGAGGCAAUUGGAAAUGCUAAAACAACCAGGAACGACAACAGUAGUCGCUUUGGGAAAUACAUUCAGAUUGGCUUUGAUAAAAGAUACCAUAUCAUUGGUGCCAACAUGAGGACGUAUCUGUUGGAAAAAUCAAGAGUUGUAUUCCAGGCAGAAGAUGAACGAAACUAUCAUAUCUUCUAUCAGCUGUGUGCCUCUGCCAGUCUUCCAGAAUUUGAAGACCUAGCUCUAACAUGUGCUGAAGACUUUUUCUACACUUCUCUGGGAGGCGAGACAACUAUUGAUGGAGUUGAUGAUGCCGAUGAUUUUGAGAAAACCAGACAUGCUUUCACCCUGCUUGGAGUGAAAGAGUCCCAUCAGAUGAGCAUUUUUAAGAUAAUAGCUUCCAUCCUGCACCUAGGAAACUUGGAAAUUCAAGCAGAUCGAGAUGGAGACUCUUGUAGUAUAUCGAAACAGGAUGAACACCUGAAUAAUUUUUGCAGAUUGCUUGGCGUGGAGCACAGCCAGAUGGAGCACUGGCUGUGCCAUCGGAAGCUUGUCACAACAGCUGAGACGUACAUCAAGCCCAUGUCUGUGCAGCAAGUCGUGAAUGCCAGGAAUGCGCUAGCCAAGCACAUCUAUGCCCAGCUGUUUAACUGGAUUGUGGAGCAUAUCAACAAAGCCCUGCAUACCACCGUCAAGCAGCACUCAUUCAUUGGGGUUCUGGAUAUCUAUGGGUUUGAAACUUUUGAAGUGAAUAGCUUUGAACAGUUUUGUAUCAACUAUGCCAACGAAAAACUUCAACAGCAGUUCAACUCGCAUGUAUUUAAGCUGGAGCAAGAAGAGUAUAUGAAGGAACAAAUCCCUUGGACUCUUAUAGAUUUUUAUGACAAUCAGCCCUGCAUAGAUCUUAUAGAAGCCAAACUUGGUAUCUUGGACCUGCUGGAUGAAGAGUGUAAGGUUCCUAAAGGAACUGACCAGAACUGGGCACAGAAAUUAUAUGACAGACAUUCUAGCAGCCAGCACUUCCAAAAACCUCGAAUGUCCAAUACCUCCUUCAUUGUCGUUCACUUUGCAGAUAAGGUGGAGUAUCAGUCUGAUGGAUUUCUGGAGAAAAAUAGGGACACUGUAUAUGAAGAACAGAUCAACAUACUGAAGGCCAGCAAGUGUCAAAUGGUAGCUGACUUAUUUCAAGAUGAAAAGGAUUCUGUACCUGCUACUCUGACCGUAAAGGGAGCCGCCCCCAAAAUCAGCGUCCGUUCUGCCAGACCAGCUGUGAAAGCUGCCAACAAAGAGCACAAGAAAAGUGUGGGGCACCAGUUCCGAAACUCCUUGCAUUUAUUGAUGGAGACACUGAAUGCUACCACUCCACACUACGUGCGCUGCAUCAAGCCAAAUGAUGAGAAACUUCCGUUCAAAUUUGAUCCAAAGAGAGCAGUCCAGCAGUUAAGAGCCUGUGGUGUGUUGGAGACCAUCCGUAUCAGUGCAGCUGGCUACCCAUCCAGGUGGUCCUACCAUGACUUUUUCAAUAGGUAUCGAGUUCUUAUGAAAAAGGGGGAGGUCUCUAAAAAUGACAAGAAGUUGAUCUGUAAAACACUUCUGGAAAACCUCAUUAAGGAUCCUGACAAGUUCCAGUUUGGACGUACCAAGAUCUUUUUCCGUGCGGGACAGGUGGCAUAUCUGGAGAAACUGCGGGCAGAUAAAUUCAGAGCUGCUACUAUCAUGAUACAGAAGACAGUGCGGGGCUGGCUGCAGAGGGUGAAGUACAGAAAGAUGAGAAAUGCUGCAAUAACAAUCCAGAGGUAUACACGAGGACACCUGGCUCGCAGAUUGGCAGACCACCUAAGGAAAACAAGAGCUGCCAUCAUUUUCCAGAAACAAUACCGAAUGCUGAGAAUCCUUCAUGCUUUCCAGAAGAUCCGCAACGCCACUAUCACAAUUCAGGCCUUCACUCGGGGCAUGUUUGUCAGGAAAAUUUACCACAAGAUCCUUUUGGAGCACAAAGCUACCAUCAUCCAGAAACAUGCCCGGGCCUGGCUGGCUCGUAAGCACUUCCUGCGCUUCAAGUGUGCGGCUGUGGUCAUCCAAUGUUACUUCCGGCGCAUGAAGGCCAGGCAAGAGCUGAAGAAACUGAAGAUUGAGGCACGGUCAGCACAGCACUUGAAGAAACUCAAUAUUGGCAUGGAGAACAAGGUGGUUCAGCUUCAGAGGAAGAUAGAUGAUCAGAACAAAGAAUACAAGCACCUGAAUGAGCAGCUCUCUGCACUUACCUGUGCCUAUUCCACCGAUGUGGAAAAGCUGAAGAAGGAGCUGGACCAAUAUCGGCAGAAUCGGGGGGAUAGCAACCAGCUUGUAAACUUGAAAAAAGAGAUUGAGAGCCUCAGGCUGGAGCUCGAGAAAGCCCACAGUGAAAGGAAGAUUAUUGAAGACACCUAUGAUAAGGAGAAAGAUCUAUUCCGAAAGCGCGUAUCAGACCUAGAAGAGGAGAAUGCUCUUUUGAAACAGGAAAAAGAGGAGCUUAACAACAGAAUCCUGUGUCAGUCUGAAGAUGAAUUUGCCCAAAACACUGUCAAGGAAAAUCUCCUGAUGAAGAAGGAGCUGGAAGAGGAGAGAUCUCGUUAUCAGAACCUGGUAAAGGAGUAUUCAAGGCUGGAGCAGAGAUAUGACAAUUUGAGGGAUGAGAUGACUAUUAUAAAGCAGUCCCCAGGACACAGAAGGAACCCAUCUAACCAGAGCAGUCUAGAGUCUGAUUCCAAUUGUCCAUCAGUCUCUACAUCUGAGAUAGGAGACACUGAGGAUGCAAUACAACAAGUGGAGGAUGUUGGUUUGGAUAAAGCAGCCAUGGAUAUGACUCUUUUCCUGAAGCUACAAAAGCGAGUGAGGGAGCUUGAACAGGAGAGAAAGAAACUGCAAACCCAGCUGGAGAAAAAGAAAUCCCAGGUAAUUGAAACGAAGAAUGAAAUGGAUUCAGACCGUGAUACAGAUCUAGCCUACAACAGUCUGAAGAGGCAAGAAUUGGAAUCAGAGAACAAGAAACUGAAAAAUGAACUGAAUGAGCUGAGGAAGACUAUUGUAGACCGGGUGACCCAAAACAACUCAUCCAGUGAUAUCCAGGACAGUUAUACCCUCUUAUUAAACCAGCUUAAAUCAGCCAAUGAGGAACUGGAAGUGAGGAAAGAGGAGGUGCUUAUCCUAAGGGCACAGAUUAUAAAGGAAGCCCAGCAAAAAGAGACUGGCAAAAAUAUGGACUCGAACAUCAACACAUAUACCAGCUGGCCAAACAGUGACAAGCAUGUCGAUGCAGAGGAUGCAAUUGAGGCCUACCAUGGGGUGUGUCAGACAAAUCGCAAGACUGAGGACUGGGGCUAUCUCAAUGAAGAUGGAGAGCUCGGCUUGGCCUAUCAGGGCCUAAAGCAAGUUGCCAGGCUCCUGGAAGCCCAGCUUCAGGAUCAGAGGAGAGAGCACGAAGAGGAGGUGGAAACUCUGAAAACCCAGGUGGAAACCCUGAGAGACGAGAUGGAAAAACAGCAGCAGGUGUUUUUCCAGACCCUACAGCUACCACCAGAAGCCCAGGUGGAAUUUGGCAUCCAGCAAGAAAUCACACGUCUGUCAAAUGAAAAUCUGGAUCUCAAAGAGUUACUAGAGAAACUAGAAAAGAAUGAGAAGAAGCUGAAGAAACAGCUAAAGAUUUACAUGAAGAAGGUCCAGGAUUUUGAAGCGACCCAAGCUACAGCACACACAGAGAGGAGGCGUCACGAGCUUACCAGGCAGGCCACUGUCCAACGGAAGGAAAAAGAUUUCCAGGGAAUGUUGGAAUAUUACAAGGAAGAUGAGCCACUUCUCAUCCGAAACCUCAUUACAGAUCUCAAACCACAGACAGUUUCUGCCACAGUUCCAUGUCUUCCUGCUUACAUCCUCUACAUGUGCAUCAGGCAUGCAGAUUACAUCAAUGAUGACCAGAAAGUGCACUCCUUACUCACCUCCACCAUUAACGGCAUUAAGAAAGUAUUAAAGAAACACAAUGAUGACUUUCAGAUGACAUCAUUUUGGUUGGCUAACACCUGUCGCCUCUUACAUUGUCUAAAGCAGUACAGCGGGGAUACGGGUUUUAUGACACAAAAUACUGCUAAGCAGAAUGAACACUGUCUUAAGAACUUUGACCUCACGGAGUACCGGCAGGUUUUAAGUGACCUCUCCAUUCAGAUCUAUCAGCAGCUCUUUAAGAUAGCAGAAGGCAUGUUGCAACCAAUGAUAGUGUCUGCAAUGUUGGAAAGUGAGAGCAUCCAGGGUCUGUCAGGCGUGAAGCCAAUGGGCUACAGGAACCGAUCAUCCAGCAUGGUAGAUGGUGACAACUCUUACAGCUUAGACGCAGUCAUUCGCCAAAUGAAUACGUUUCAUAGCAUCCUGUGUGACCAGGGCCUGGACCCGGAGAUUAUUCAGCAAGUCUUCAAGCAGCUCUUCUACAUGAUCAAUGCAGUAACGCUGAACAACCUCCUGCUGAGAAAAGAUGUCUGUUCGUGGAGCACUGGUAUGCAGCUCAGGUAUAACAUAAGCCAGCUGGAGGAAUGGUUGCGUGGGAAGAAUUUGCAACAGAGUGGAGCAGCAGAGACAGUGGAGCCCCUGAUCCAGGCAGCACAACUGCUUCAGCUCAAAAAGAAAACUUCAGAAGAUGCUGAGGCUAUCUGUUCCUUAUGCACAUCCCUCACUACGCAGCAGAUUGUAAAAAUAUUAAAUCUCUAUACUCCUGUUAAUGAGUUUGAAGAACGUGUGACAGUAGCCUUCAUACGAAACAUUCAGGCAAAUUUGCAAGAGCGAAAUGACCCACCACAGCUGCUGUUAGACUACAAAUAUAUGUUCCCAGUUUUGUUUCCGUUCAGUCCAUCCUCCAUAACCAUGGACUCUAUUCACAUCCCUGCUUCUCUCAACUUGGAAUUUCUCAACGAAGUCUGAAGAAAAUGUCUUCAAAGCGGUCCCCCUUCACCAGAGAAUUCAAGCAAAAAAAAAAAGAUCUUUUUAACGUGGACCAAACAAGAUUAUGGAAGAACCAAUACACAGUAAUCAGUUAGUGCUAAACUUUAUACUAUAAUAAGAAACUGAUCUUGUAUGUGAUUUUUUUUUUGUAACUUGCAGCUCAAAAUAAGAAUACUUGAAAUACAGAAUUUUUUUACUGCUUGAUUUCAUGUUGAAAUAGUGCAAAGCCCAUAGCAGAGUCUCCAACAGACAUGAACAGCAAACACUGGAAAGUGGGAGAUGGUUAAUUUGGUCUUCAUAAGUGGCUAUGAAGAAACUCCAGAUAAAAAUCAAAGUCAAAACACUGUCUUCAGAAAAACGAUGGCAUUGAUAAGGUGGUUUGUACAUAUUAAUGCAUUUCAAUGCAGAGAUACAAUUUCACAUUUCUUCCUGUUGCUAGUCACUGUAUCACAAUGGUCAGUUCAGAAAUAUAAGUUGCAAAAUGUGCAAAUAAGUGUUCAUCACACAGUUUAAGGUGUCGGUGAAAACAAGCAUAGUUUUCAGUCUAAGGUGGAUUUUAUUUGUCAGGAAUUCUGAUUUCCUGAGUCACCACUGCUCUCCAUCCAAUACGCUUUCAUCUCUGUGCAUACUGCAGAGAUGUAGCUAGGGGUGGCCAUUUAGACUUUCUCUCACCCACAGAAUUGUGGUGAUGGCCUCAAAUCUUUCUGGUGCAAUAAUCUAGGAGGUGAGGGGCUGUAGUGUCUCUCCCCACGUCAGUAUUGGAAACUUUCAUCCUAAAAUCCACUCCUGGCUUUACCCUAUGCUUAUAGGAGUUAAGAUACUGCCACAUCUAGUGAAGACAAAGAUGCUCUACCGGUUUUUAAUACCUUACAUAAUUAUGGAGGGCAGUCGCCGUUUCCAUGGGCUGACAUAACCAGUAUCAGAAUCCAUGUAACAAAAUUAUACCUACACCCAGGGCCAUCCCUCAUGUGAGGCCCGGGACAUAGGCGCCAAGUUUCUGAUCUGUCAGGGGGUGCUCCCCUCACCCAGCUCUGACUCAACCCAUUCCCUGCCUCUUCCCCACCCAGUUCCGCUCCUCUCCCCUCCCCUCGCAGCGCCUCCUGACACAGCAAAAUAUCUGGUCCACAGUAGGCACUGAGAAGCAAGGACAGGUGCUGAUCAGUGGGCAGGAGGCCCUGUGGGGAGAGGGAGGUUCUGGCAGGGGGGCUGCCGCUCGCCUUCUCACUCCCCAUUUGCCCCCUGACCCUGCUCGCCCUCCUGCCUCACCUCCUCAUGUUUUUAUGGAAGCGCGGGGCCUCCGAUUUGCCAUACCCAAGGGAUGGCUCUGCCUACACCAUUCUAUAAAUUCUGGCAAUCUUCAUAUGUGUGGAUAACUCAUGUAAAUCCAAUCCAGUUCCUGAUCCUGCUCACACUGGGUGAAAUCGUAGCCCUAAUUAAGUCAGUGGAAAAACUCCAAUUGACUUCAACAGGGUCAGAAUUUUACCCAUUGAAUUCAAUAGCAAUACUUCUAUUGAUCAGUGAUGCAGCUUCUGGGCCUAAAGUAACAAAAGGAAUAGUAGCAAUAAUUUGUUUAAUUCACAGUGUUUUAAAGCAAAAGAGAAUGCGUAAGAAAUUGAAUGACUUAAGUCCAUGUCUAUACUAGCACUUAUGUCGGCAAAACUUUUGUCGCUGAGGGGUGUGAAAAGACCUCCCUGAGUGACAUAAAUUUUGCCGACAUAAGCGCUCAUGUGCACAAUGCUUUGUUGGCAGGCGAUGCUCUCCUGCUGACAUAGCUACUGCCACUCACCGAGCUGGUUUUAUUAUAUUGACGCUUUCUCCUGUUGGCAUAACACAGCUAAAUAAGUGCUCUUACAGCUACACAGCUGUAUUGAAUCAGCUGUGCCGCUGUAAGCUUGUAAGUGUAGACAUGGCCCAACUCAAAAAUCCUAUAACUAGUAUUUUGAUAACCCAAAGCACUUAUUAACAGAACACAGAAGUCAACAAUAAUCUUAAAUUCCUAUCAGAAUAAUGAAUUGAAAACUGUCAAAUACAAGAAGUUAUCAGAUAAAAUCAUUUGAAUUGUAAUCCAAUAGGAUUUUUUGAAAUCUUAUUAAUAUAAAAAGUUCCCUAUUCCUCACUAUUCAGGAAUUAAAAUGGGUCUGCUAUUCCCAAAGCAUUUAUUGAUCAUUCUCAGUACUUGCCAGAAUCUAUUUAACUCUCAGUAGUCACAGGAAAUGCUAUCCUUACUAGAAGAAAAUGGCAUCUAAAGGUAGACAAUGCCAUAUAACAGCAAUGAUUGUAUUACUUUGUGGUGGGGCCUGUUUGCAAAUUAUGACCUUUUCAGCUCUAAGGUCACAACACUUUUGCAGUUCUAACUUUCCAGGCUGCAAAAUGCAAUGGGGAUAUUUGUCACUUGCAAAGGCCCAAUCUUUUGCGAAUCAUGAACAUGUAGGCCUGUGCACCUCCCUAAUGGUCCUGCCUAAGAAAAUCUUGAUUUCUUUGCAUUUACUGCUAUGGUUCUUAAGUGUCUCAGCAGUUCCAUGAUGACAAAGUGCUUUUGAGAAAAACCUAUCUGCAUUUUUCAGACUAUUUUUAGUUGCUAUAAAUCAUCUCCAAAUAGCAAAUUUAUUAUUAGGUAUCCAAUUAUCCCAGAACGUGAGAAUCUCUUAGACAUACAUUACACCCCAAACACAACAUACCGUGGUCACCUUUUAGACAAGGAGUGUGUCUUGAUUUAGACAUUAUGUAUAUAAUCUAUGUAUAUACACCUUAUAAUAGUCCUGUAUAUGUAUAUCGCUAUAAAAAGCAAACGUUAAAUAAGUGCUAUUAAGAGUUAUAUUGGACUAUGUCCACAGUAAAAGUACAUGCGCUCAAACAAAAGACUAUGGUUUAGCAUAGCUGUUACCGGUGAAGGAUAUAAUUAAGCCAAUUCACAACGAAGGAGGAAACUUUUCCUAGAACCAAUGCCCAUAAUAUAGAAUAGCAGAACAUUUGUUGCCUGUACAGUACCAGCACUACCUCCAAACUACACUCCUUGAUCAUUUGCAUCUAUUGCAUGUAUUCAGUAAUGCCUUCACUUUCCUCCCGCUUACAGUAGGAAUCACACUACGUGUUGGCUGCAGCUCAGAAAACCCACUUUCUUGCUCUUCUCAGUGUCAAAUACCUGUCUAAAGUAGUAUUUUUUAUUAUAGCUACCUCUUCCUCUACAAUAUUUCUUCAAAGCAUUUGUUAAAUUUUUCACUGCAUUUUAUAAUUCAAUUAAACCCUAUGUUUUUCCUGGAGUGAACCCAUCUUCACACUAAACAAAAAUAAUCUAAAGCAAAACUUAGUCCAGUGAGAUGGUUACACAGAUGCUAUCCUCACAACUCAUCUUAUGCCAGCAGUUUCCUCUCAGGCUCUUCAGGUCUCUACCUCUCUCUAAUGUUGUAAAUUAUUCACUGUACGACUCCAACAGGAUUCACCAAACUUAAUGCUUAUUAAGCAGACUAAAUUAAAGAGAGCUGCAGAAUCCUUUUCCACAAUGGUCUUGUUACUAAUCACAGGUGUAAAAUGUGGUUAAUGUUCUUCAAAGGGAUAAUGGAAUUUCACUGGGAGCAGUAAGGAACUUAAUUUAUAUGUAUUAUAAAAAGAAUCUCUUACAAACCAUUAGUAUUGAAAUAGAUAGGAACUGGGUAUUUAAUGGUUGAUGUGUAAUAAUUUAACUUAUCCACUAAGCUGCAUUUGGAAAAGGAUUCUGCAGAAAAUAUCUUUAAUGUACAUGAUCUUUUCUGUUAGCAAUUUUUAAAAUAUCUGGUUUAAUUCAGUUGUAUUAUCACGCUCAAAUAGGCCUUUUUCCCUCAAAAACCUGCCAUGUCUUUACGUUAAAAAAACAAAACAAAAAUGUUCAAUGUAAAAGCACGGCUUUUUGAAAACUUUGCUUUUCAGAUUUGUUUUUAAUAGUAAUGACUAAGAUGAGCAUUUUCCCGCUGUGUGCCUUUAGCUGUUACUAAGAUAACUGUGACUUCUCAAUGUUUCUCUGAAAAAAGUGUUAAACUGUGGGAAAAUUUUAAUGUGGUAUCAUAAAGUCUGUAGAUUUAGAAGUUCGCUUAUAAAGCAUUAUGUUACACUGAGAAGGUUUGCAAAAAAGAUUUUAAUCUCAUCACAUUUUUUUCCAUGCAUUGUAUUUCUAAGGGUAUGAUUGGGACUAGCCCCCUAAUCUCCAAGGAAAUGUAUACUGUAUGUAAUAUAAAAAUAAUUAACACUGACUAUAGCCAUAUACUUGACUUCAUGCAUGCAUUCUGUGUUGUGUAGUCUAUGUUCAAGACACUUCCACAACAUCCAGGACAUAACUUCCAAAAGUUUUAUUUUAGUAUGAAACUGGCUUCAGUUUCGUUUCAAUUGUAUUUUUGUAGCCACUCCUGUUGAUCUUUCACAGCUACUCUAAAUUUACACUAAGCUUGGGGAAAGGAACAUCCGCCAUCAAAGCUCAAAACUGAAUUGUGCAACCCUAGCCUGUGCAAAAAAAUCCUCACUCAAUUACAUCAUUGAAUCCACUGGAACUUAUCAUAAGUGAGCAAUGAUAGCAAGAUUGUAUACCUUGAUCCUGCAAAUAUACACAUAAAUAACUUUGUGAGGCAUCCCAUUGUAGUCAAUAGACUGAUUUUCCACACUAUUAGCUGUAAGACCAAUAAUAGUGGAGAAUCAAACCCAAUCUGACUGAUCAAUGAGUAAAAUUAUUCAGAUGUGUAAGUGUUCACAAGAUUUCACCCUCAAUUUGUACAGACCAAGUGUGAAUUGCAAAAGGGUUAAGUGACAUUAAUGAUAAAACACUUGUAAUACUAGGUCAUAUUUCUUUCCUACUCAGCCUAUUAUCUGACUAUGUAAACUUAUUCUUGUCAGACUAAUAUUGUUGCGGACAGUGUUGCAGAAUUAACAUUUCCUAACUGCACUUAAAUGUGCCAACAUAAUUAAAGUAUAUUGCAUGAACCACCACACACCUUCUCUUCCAACCUUAUUGAAUUAUAUAUAGUACAACCAUAACUGAAAAUUAUUUUCUUUCUGAAAUGAUAGCAGAGUCAAUGUUAAAGUGAAACAAUUUGGAAAAUAUUUUUCCCUUCAAGAGUAUAGAAUUUAUUUUUUUAAAACUGCAAAUGUCAGAAAAUAGAUCCUGAAACAAAACUGAAAUUUAAACACUCCAACUCUAUCCAAAAAUGUGCUACUAUACCAGUCCAAGCCCUAUUUUUUUGUGUGAAGUUUCAUUACCUUAACAAGCAGAAGGUGCAGCUGUUCUGAAGGAGUUUGAAUGAUAUUCAGGGGGGUGAACCCUGAAUGUAGAUGAAAUACUACUGCUGAUAAAAUAUUUUUCCAUUUUGAACAAAUCUGUAAACUACACCUUUGUUUAUAGGAAAAUGCUUGUAAUAGUUACUGUAAUAUUCAGCUGUGGAUAAAAAUUUGUGAAAUAAAUACUUUUGAAUAAAUUAAA